GACACUGACAGAUGUUUUUAUUUUUUUAUUUUCAAACAAUAACAAAAUCACUUAUUUGAUGUCUUCCAAAAUAUUAUAGAAUUAAAUAGUUAUGGACAAAAGUAAAAGGGACAACGAUAAUAAAAUAGUUUUACCACACCACGAACAACAGCCGCUUUGUACAAAUCGCCUUGCGUACCGACAAGGCAGGAAACUAACUGCUGUUAAGGUAUAUACAAUAGCCAGCGAAUCAAAUCACCUUCUAAUCUUCGGAGUACCGAGUCUUAAUCUUCGACAAGAGACUAAAGCCUUAUUUAUAAGGUUUGGUAAAUUAUUAAAAUUUAUAAUAACUAUGGAACAUCCCGCUGAACCAUUUACAGAAACGUACCACGCACAAUACGAAAGAAUACAAUCAGCUAGGAUCGCUAAAAGAAUGUUGGAUACUAAAAAUUUCUAUGGAGGAUCGCUACAUGUAUGUUAUGCUCCAGAAUUAGAAAGUAUUGAAGAAACAAGAGAAAAAAUAAUCCAACGUCAAAAAGAUGUUUCAUACAGAUUACGUAAUUUACAAUUAAAUGACGAAAAACCUAAAGAAAUCGUAAAUAUAGAUAUAAUUAAGGAAAAAGAAGUUAAUAAACUUAAUAUGGGAGAGGUUAAUACAAUAAAUUUAAGUAAUAAAAUAAUUAAGAAUAAACGAAAAAGAGAUUUUAAAGAAGUCAUAAAAAAGUAUAAACCAUGUUUUAUGGAAGAGAAAACCAUAGACAAAAACCCAACCAUAGAUAAUGUAAAUACAGAUAAGCAAACUUUACCUAAAGUUAUAGAGAAAGGUCCUUUAAUUAAAAAAAUAGAAACUCCAGUAGAAAUUGUAGAUUGUACAUCUAUAGACAAUGAAGUAAUAACCAACAUAAAUGAACAUUUAAAUUAUAAUAAAUUUGGGAAUGAAGAUGUUAGGAAAGUUCAUAAGAAACCUGUUAAUAAGAUUGUGUUUAAUUUAAAUAAAAAACUUCAAAGUGAAGUGGAACUGACAGCUAAUACUAUACAGUCAAACUGA